UCGCUGUUCAGUUUAUGUUGAAACUAUUAACCGGAAGUAGCCGUUUUCGUUAACGGUAGCUUGAGUGAAGCCCCUGAACAGCUCUGAACGCGGCGGAGCAGAAGAAGAGAGAGUGGCAGUGAAUGUGUCUGCAGCACGGUUUGGCUGUUUAAAAAAAAAAAACGAAGAAAAAAAAAAAAAAAACUAGGGCUGAAGAAGAGAGGACAGGACCGCGGUGCAGUUCCAGACGACCUCGGCACACCCCGGACUAUGCUAACACCCACACUCGGGCUAACGGUGCGCUGCUUUCACGACACGCGCGGCUUAUUAUUGCACAUCUGUAGAUCAUAAUGAAGGUAUUUCUUCACGGCGGCUCCUUCUCCGAGGUUUAGUCGAGACUCGGGGGGGGGGGGGGGUGACACUACAUAUGAACGUGUCGCUUUUAGACCUCUCUGUCAAAGAAAACACUGAAGGGGACGCAGCCGUGUAACGUUCAAAUCCUACCCGGAGAGCAGCGGUCAUCCAAGCCACGUCUUUAUCACCCGGACAGUUUCAACGCUUCUGCUAAGUGGAGGGGAAAAGCAGCGUUGUCCUUCAUUCGUCUCGUCUUCUUACAUGCUUUUGUCUUUCUGAAGCUUCAUCGCCGAGCCUUUCUGUGGGCAUUUUGCAUUCUCUCCCCCCCCCCCCUCCCUGUUAAAGGAUGCCGGAUCAAAUAUCGGUGUCCGAGUUUCUCUCGGAGACAACAGAGGAUUACAAUUCCCCGACCACGUCCAGCUUCACCACCCGCAUGCAGAGCUGCAGGAACACCGUGAACGUGCUGGAGGAGGCGCUGGACCAGGAUCGAACGUCUCUGCAGAAAGUGAAGAAAUCCGUGAAGGCAAUCUAUAGUUCAGGUCAAGAUCAUGUUCAAAAUGAAGAAAACUACGCCCAAGCUCUGGAUAAAUUUGGUAGCAACUUUAUCAGCCGGGACAACCCUGACCUGGGAACAGCCUUCGUCAAGUUCUCCUCCCUCACCAAGGAGCUGUCUGCUCUUCUGAAGAACCUGCUCCAGAGCCUCAGCCACAACGUGAUCUUCACCCUGGACUCGCUGCUGAAGGGAGAUUUGAAAGGCGUGAAAGGGGACAUAAAGAAGCCUUUUGACAAAGCAUGGAAGGACUACGAAGCCAAGUUUACAAAGAUAGAGAAGGAGAAGCGAGAGCACGCCAAGCAGCACGGGAUGAUCCGUACUGAAAUCACUGGGGCUGAGAUCGCCGAGGAGAUGGAGAAGGAACGACGCUUGUUUCAACUCCAGAUGUGCGAGUAUCUGAUCAAAGUAAAUGAGAUCAAGACCAAGAAAGGAGUAGACCUCCUGCAGAACCUGAUUAAGUAUUACCACGCACAGUGCAAUUUCUUCCAAGAUGGCUUGAAGACAGCAGAUAAGCUGAAGCAGUACAUUGAGAAGCUGGCAGCUGACCUCUACAAUAUUAAACAAACUCAGGAUGAGGAGAAAAAGCAGCUGACUGCUUUGCGAGAUUUGAUCAAGUCCUCCCUCCAGCUGGACCAGAAGGAGUCUAGAAGAGACUCGCAGAGUAAGCAGGGUGGCUACAGUAUGCACCAGCUGCAAGGAAACAAAGAGUUUGGAAGUGAGAAGAAAGGCUACCUUCUGAAAAAGAGUGAUGGGCUGAGGAAGGUGUGGCAGAGGAGACAGUGCUCAGUGAAGGGAGGGAUCCUCACCAUCUCUCAUGCCACAUCCAACCGGCAGCCGGUGAAACUCAACUUGCUCACCUGCCAGGUGAAGCCAAGUGGCGAGGACAGAAAAUGCUUCGAUCUUAUUUCUCAUAACCGGACUUAUCACUUCCAGGCUGAAGAUGAACAAGAGUUUGUCGCAUGGAUCUCAGUGUUGACCAACAGCAAGGAGGAGGCUUUAAACAUGGCGUUUCGUGGCGAGCCGAGCAGCGGCGGGGAGGAUGGAUUAGAGGACUUGACUAAAGCCAUCAUAGAAGACGUGCUGCACAUGCCGGGCAAUGAAGUCUGCUGCGACUGCGGAGUGGCAGACCCUAAGUGGUUGUCCACCAACCUGGGGAUCCUCACCUGCAUCGAAUGCUCCGGCAUUCACAGAGAAAUGGGAGUUCACAUUUCACGUAUCCAGUCUAUGGAGCUUGACAAGUUAGGAACCUCAGAACUCUUGCUGGCCAAGAACAUAGGAAACAGUAGUUUCAAUGAAAUCAUGGAGGCGAACCUUUCCUCCCCUUCACCAAAGCCCAAUCCCUCCAGUGAUAUGACGGUGAGGAAGGAGUUCAUCAACGCUAAGUAUGUGGACCACAAGUAUGCGAAGAAGACGUGCACGUCUGCGGCUGCUAAGAUGAUCGAGCUGUUCGAGGCAGUCCAGUCCCGAGACCUGCUGGCUCUGGUUCAGGUCUACGCAGAGGGGGUGGAGCUUAUGGAGCCACUCCCUGAAACCGGACCGGAAGCCGGGGAGACAGCACUACACUACGCAGUACGGACAGCUGACCAGACCUCACUGCAUUUGGUGGACUUCCUUGUCCAGAACAGUGGUAACUUGGAUAAGCAGACGGAGUGGGGGAACACCGCCCUGCAUUACUGCUGCAUGUACGAAAAGCCUGAGUGCCUCAAGUUACUCUUGAGGGGCAAACCGGCCACCGACAUCACCAAUCAGAACGGAGAGACGGCUCUGGAUGUUGCCAGGCGACUGAGGAACAGUCAGUGUGAGGAGGCACUUGUGCAGGCUGCAGAGGGGAAGUUCAACCCUCACAUCCACGUGGAGUACGAGUGGAGCCUCAGACUGGAGGAGAUGGACGAGAGCGAUGACGACCUGGAUGAUAAGCCCAGUCCCAUCAAGAAGGACCGCUCCCCGAGGCCUCAGAGCUUCUGCCACUCCUCCAGCCUCUCCCCCCACGACAAGCUCUCCCUGCCGGGCUUCAUCAGCCAGCGAGACAAGCAGCAGCGGCUCUCCUACAGCGCCUUUACCAACCAGAUUUACAGUGCCUCCACCGACCUCAGCUCCUCCCCUGUGGCUGACGGGCCGCCGCUUCCACCCAGGAACCAGGGCAAAGCUCCACACUUGGCAUUCCUUGGCUCUCAUUCGCACUACGCCACUCUGGCUGGCACUCGACCAUACAUCACUCCUCCCCCAUCCGGCCCUCCCUCCACACUCACACCAGGAGUCAGCUCCACCCUGUCCAAGAAGAGACCUCCGCCCCCUCCUCCUGGACACAAACGCACCCUGUCUGACCCACCCAGCUCGCUCUCUCACAGCCCGCACAGUAAAGGGGGCUUAACCGGGGGAAGUGACUCUACCCCUCCUCCAGCCACUAAGAUGUCUCCUGUUUCCAACAAGUUUGAAGGCAUUCCUCAGCAGCAAAGCACUACUUCAAGCAACACGAAGUCUACACUUGGUCCAAGAGUUCUUCCCAAACUACCUCAGAAAGUGGCACUGCGCAAGAUCGACACCAUUCACCACCCGUCUGUGGAUAAGCCCAGCCUUCCUCCAGAGGUCUUCCAGAAGUCCCCCCCGCCAACUGAAACCACUCAUAAGACUCCUCUGGCAGACAGGCCUCAGCUGGGCGAUCUGCCCCCCAAACCGCAGGUGUCUGAACUCCCCCCAAAACCUGGAGAGCUCCCCCCGAAGCCGCAGCUCUCCGACCUCCCUCCAAAACCUCAACUGGGAGACCUUCCACCAAAACCGCAGCUCAAAGAUCUCCCUCCCAAACCUCAUCUCGCUGACAUCCCCCCUAAACCAGGAACAGUGGAGUCCACCCCCAGGCCACCUCCUGCAGAUUCAUCUCAGAGGCCUCAAACACAGCCUCCACCUCCUCCGCCUCAAGCUCAGCCUCAGCCUCAAGACUCGCCGUCACCUAAUCAACCUCCCACUAUAGUGACUCCAACUACACAGCAACCAGUCGAGGACACCAACGGGACCCCCCCAGGCACCACUGAGACUCCAGUGCCCCUACCAAGAAAGAUCAACACUGGGAAGAAUAAAACCCGUCGGGUGAAGACGAUCUACGACUGCCAGGCCGACAACGACGACGAGCUUACAUUUGUCGAAGGAGAGGUGAUCAUAGUUACAGGGGAGGAGGACCAGGAGUGGUGGAUUGGACACAUUGAAGGAGAUCCGGACAGAAAAGGGGUAUUCCCCAUGUCUUUUGUGCACAUCUUAAGUGACUGACAGCCAGGCUGACUUGCACUAUCUCUCUAAAUUGGGAGUUCAUGUAAAUACCUAUCAAACGGCAACACCCCUGGUCACACGACAGGUGAAAAAGAAGAAAAAAA